AUAAUAUUUUUUUAAAUAAACUUUUGUCGUCUCCAUAAAGAGAAUAAUAAAGGGAGAGGAGAGCAGCCAGCGAGUGAAACGAAAGGCCAAUCACCACAUUUUCAAUCUCUCCACAACAACAAUGGCAGCCACAAGAGUGCUCACUGCAGCUGCAGCCACUACCCAACCCACCUCCUGUUUCCUCUCCAAACGAGCUUUCCUUCUCCCGGCCAAGACAUCAUCCCUCGCUCUAUCCUUCAACAGAAGAGCUUUGGUGUUGAAAUCGAAGCGACCCUUCUCUUGCAGCGCCAUUUACAACCCUCAAACCAAGGUUCAAGAAGAAGGUCAAUCCGAAACCUUAGAUUAUCGUGUCUUCUUCCUCGAUGGUGGCUCAGGAAAGAAGGUUUCUCCAUGGCAUGAUAUACCGUUGACCUUAGGAGAUGGAGUUUUCAACUUCAUAGUUGAGAUCCCUAAAGAGUCAAAAGCAAAGAUGGAGGUUGCUACUGAUGAAGACUACACUCCUAUUAAGCAAGACACUAAGAAGGGAAAGCUCAGAUACUAUCCAUACAACAUAAACUGGAACUAUGGGUUGCUUCCACAGACAUGGGAAGAUCCAUCUCAGGCUAACCCUGAAGUUGAAGGAGCUUUUGGUGAUAAUGAUCCAGUUGAUGUUGUUGAGAUUGGGGAAGCCCAAAGGAAGAUAGGAGAGGUUCUAAAGAUCAAGCCUUUGGCUGCUUUAGCUAUGAUUGAUGAAGGGGAGCUGGACUGGAAGAUUGUUGCCAUUUCUUUGGAUGACCCUAAAGCUCAUCUUGUCAAUGAUGUUGAUGAUGUUGAGAAGCAUUUCCCUGGUACAUUGACAGCCAUUAGAGAUUGGUUUAGGGACUACAAGAUCCCAGAUGGAAAGCCUGCUAACAGGUUUGGUCUUGGAGACAAACCAGCAAACAAAGACUAUGCUUUGAAGAUCAUCCAUGAAACAAAUGAAUCGUGGGCUAAGCUUGUGAAGAGAUCAGUUGAUGCUGGAGACCUUUCACUAUUCUGAACAGAAAAUUAUAUCUUUGCAAUGUCUAGUCAUGAGCUCGAAUAAUUUGAUUUUGAUCAGACUCAUGAGUCCUACAUCAUUCUUGUUUUUCUCUCUUUCUAAAGAGAGAUGUAAACAUUGAGAUUUUAUUUUUCACCAUUGAUGACUGAGUGAGAUAAUAAAGACAUUAUUAUUAGUUUCA